AUGACUGUAAUGGUAAGGUGCUAUCUGCUCUUUUUACUAACUCUUGCACUGUGUUGUGCUUGUGGGUUCGUAUGGGCUGAUACUCCUAAAGCUUCUGAUGCCCUUAUUAAAACUUCCAAUCGUGGUUUUCAUUCUCGUGUUCAUCAUGCUAUUCCUGCUUCUGGAGGUCCUGUGGAGAGUGAAGAAGAGGAUGUUAUAAAGAAAGCGCAGAAGGAAAAGAUGGAAGAAGAUCCUGAAGAAAAGGAGGAUAAAGUGGAGGAUGUCGUUCGUGAGACUCUUGGUCCUGGUGCUGGUGGUUCUUGUCCUUCUGGUUCUGAUGGUAGUAAUUGUCCAUCUGGUCAUUCGUCUGGUAGUAAUGGUGGUGGUCAUAGUUCUUCUUCUGAUUCCCUCUCUGAAACUGGGGUUCAUGGAGCUGACAUCGCUCCUGGUGUUCAACCCCAACAACCUCCUUUACCUCCUACCCUUCCUCAUCAGCAAUCUGAACGUGGUGUCACUUGCACUCCGACUUCUCCUGAUCAUCCUUGUACAACUACACCAGAGGAACUGACUCCAACUAAACCAAUAAUAACUACUCCUGAAGAGGCUGGAGAUGGUGCUCUCAUUGAUGCUCCUUCUAAUAAAGAUGGUCAUCUUGCUGCUGAUAGGACUGGUGCUCACGUUACAUUAGGUGAAUCUGCUCCUGGGAUUGGUUCUGGUUCUGGUACUGAUGAUACCUCUUCUUCUUCUGCUCAUUCUACUGCAUCUCCUCCACCUGCUGCUUCUGCU